UCGUGAAUCGUCUGCUGCGUAAGCAGCCACGGGAGCGGAAGGAGCCUAGGAGAGGUGGCGACAGAGCGCCACACCGCCCGCGGCCGGCCAAGCCCAACCACCAAUCGAACACACGCAGGUGCGAUCUCCGAUCCACCACCACCAAACAGUCGCCGUUCUUGCAUGGAUCCCGCGAGCGCCGGCGGCGAGCCGGAGGCGGCGGCGGCCGAGUGGCCCGCCCGCGCGGUGGGCGGGAUGGAGUACAGCUGGUGCCGCGCCGUGCCGGGCGGAACCGGCACGACGCUGCUCGCGUUCCGCCUCGCGCGCGGCGGCGGCGGGGUGGUGGCAGCCGUCCAGGCCGUCGUGGACGCUCACCCCGUCCUCCGCGCGCGCCUCCGCGGGGCCGCUUCCGGCAGCCCAACCCUCGCCUUCCCCUCCGCCGUGCCGAAUGCGCCCCCGCUCCCGCUCGCGCUCGAGCUCCUCCCCGUGCCCGAGUCCGCCCCCGACUUCCUCUCCCUUCUCGAGCUCGAGCUCAACCGCAACCCAUGGACCGCCGCCUCUGCGGCAUCCGAACCCGAGCCCGACGCGCCACCGGUGCUCUUCGCCACGCUCUACGAGCCGCCGCCGCCAGCGGGUGGGGGGUCGGCGCUGUUCGUCCGGAUCCACACGGCCGCGUGCGACCGCGCGGCGUCGGCCUCGCUGGUGAGGGAGCUCGUCGCGCUGCUGGCCAGCGACGGUGCCGCGCCCGCGGCCGACCCCGAGGACGCGGCGGUGCACGCGGCGCUGGAGGAGAGGAUACCGCAGAGGGACUCGUGGAAGCCGUUCUGGGCUCGGGGGCUCGACAUGGUGGGCUACUCCAUCAAUGGCCUGCGCACGUCGACGCUGCCGUUCGAGGUGACCGGCACGGAGAGGUCCACGCAGAUGCUGCGCCUCGGCUUCGACCGCGAGGAGACGACGAGGCUGCUCGACGCGUGCAAGCAGAACGGAGUGAAGCUAUGCUCAGCCAUGGCUGCCGCGACGCUGCUUGCUGCACGGCAGUCGAAGCAGCUGAAGAGCGACGACCAGCAGGAGACGUACUCCAUUGCGAUCCUGAUCAAUUGCCGCAAGUUUCUUGAACCUGCACUGGAUGAUCACAAUGUUGGGUUCUUUCACUCUGCCAUCACCAACACCCACACAGUCCAUGGAGGAGAAGGGCUGUGGGAGCUGGCCAAGAGGUGCCAAGAUUCCUACGCCAGCGCCAAGAACAGCAAGAAACACCUCACCGACAUCAGCGACCUCAACUUCCUCAUGUGCCGGGCCAUCGAGAACCCCCAGCUGACGACGGCCACCGCGCUCCGAACAGCGGUCGUCUCCGUGUUCGAGGAGCCGGUGGUCUACGAGCUGUCUGAUCUUCAGGGCAAGGCUGGCGUGGAGGAAUUCGUUUGCGGCGCCACCGUGCAUGGCGUCGGCCCAUCGAUCGGCUUGUUCGACUCCAUCAGAGAUGGUCAGCUGGAGUUGGCAUGCAUGUAUCCUUGCCCUCUUCAUUCCAGGAAGCAGAUGCAGGAGAUCAUGAACAAGGUGAAGCAGAUCUUACACGAAGGUAGCAUUGGAGAUGACGAAAAUUUUGAAGAUUGUACCUGAAAGAUACGAAGUUCGUCGAUUCGUGGUAUGAGACUGUGGCUUACGAUUUAUGACCAUUUUCGGUAAAUAAACAGUCGACUUCUUGUUUAAUGCAAUUGAUCUUGCAUGAGAUCAUCUGAUGAAAUGUGUUACUUCCUGAAAGUUGAUUGAAAUAUGCGCACUUCAUCUGCUUAUGUUUUCAUUAGUGUGUAAUAAUCCAUUGCCGGAUGCAGAUCUAAAUAUUCUUAUUGAUCCACAAGAGAAAUAGAUGACAAAGCAGAUUGCAAGAAU